AUGCUGUUUCAGGUGGGAGGUGAAGGCACACGCCCAACCUUCUUUGAGAUGGCUGCCGCUCAGCAACUUCCGGCUAGCCUCCGCGCCGCUCUCACAUAUUCCCUCGGCGUUUUUGCUCUGAGACGAUCGUUCCUCCACAAAAUCUUAGACUACGAGGAUGAAUUCUUUGCUUCUCUGAUGCUUGUUCUUGAAGGACAUAGCUUACGAACCACAGAUGCUUCGUUUGCUGAGUCAUUAUAUGGUUUGAGGAGGAAAUCAGUGAGACUGAGGUUGAGGAGAGACGGUGGUUCUAGGACGGGUUUAAGCGAAGAAGUUCAACAUUCCGGUUUAGAGAAGCGCCAGAGAGUCCUCUCUGUUGUGUUUCUGGUUGUAUUACCGUAUUUCAAGUCAAAGUUGCAUGCGAUAUAUAACAAGGAAAGGGAAGCGAGGCUCCGGGAAAGUUUAUGGGGAAAUGAAGAUCAAGGAUUUGAUGAAGCUGACUUCUUCACAGGGGAGGAAUCAAUUGUUACAAGAGAGCCCAGUGGGAAUCAAGAGCUAACUGUUCGAGGACAAUUGGCUACCAAGAUUAAAAAGUUUAUAGCUAUCUGCUAUCCUUGGAUACAUGCUUCAAGUGAAGGGUUAUCGUUCACGUACCAGCUCUUAUACCUGUUGGACGCUACUGGAUUUUAUUCUCUUGGGCUGCAAGCUCUUGGUGUUCAAGUCUGUCGAGCCACAGGGCAAGAACUGAUGGAUACAUCUUCAAGAAUUUCAAAGAUCCGGAACAAUGAGCGUGAGAGACUUCGUGGUCCUCCAUGGUUAAAAACAGUGCAAGGGGCACUUCUUAGCUGUUCAUAUGCGGUGCUUGACUACGCCCAAACCGGUUUAAUUGCAGCAGUUUUUAUAUUCAAAAUGAUGGAAUGGUGGUAUCAAUCAGCUGAAGAGAGAUUGUCAGCUCCAACAGUGUACCCUCCACCUCCACCUCCUCCAGCGCCAAAGGUGGCCAAAGAAGGAAUCCCUUUACCUCCUGACAGUUCUCUCUGCGCGUUAUGCUUGCAAAAACGUGCAAACCCAUCAGUUGUCACAGUCUCGGGAUUCGUUUUCUGCUACGCUUGUGUAUUCAAGUAUGUUACAAAGUACAAGCGAUGUCCAGUGACAUUGAUUCCGGCUAGCGUGGAUCAGAUUAGGAGGCUGUUUCAUGACACUUAG